GGGUUGGACAUUUUCCAGCUGAUUUUAUUUAUAUUGCUUUAGGAUAACUUCUUGAAUCGUAAUUUUAAGUUGGACUAAAUUUGCUUGCGAGCUCACAGUAGCUCGGCCGGCUAGGGUCGUGGUGGCCUGAUCGAUCAAAAAAUGAAGCGAAAGUGGAAACCUGUUGAUAUUGAUCCUGAGCUUGUUGCCUCAGAGGAAUUCGAUGGUUUUGGCGGCAUUGAAGAACUAACUGAUUAUGAAUUGAUAGGAUUAAAGAAUAAUUCUCUAAAGCAAGAAAAGGAGACCAAAAAGAAAAAGAAGGGACAGAAGAAACCUAAACUUGCUAAAAAUGAAGAUGUGAAAGUGGAAGAAGAAAACAAUGAUGUAGAAGAAAGUGAUUCAGUUGAUAUGUCUGCAUGGAGUUUUCUUAUUCCUGAACCCAUUACUCAUGCCUUGAAAGAUUUAAAGUUUACUAAACCAACACCGAUUCAAGAGUUAGCUAUUCCUUUUGGAUUAUCCCAUAAGGACAUUUUAGGGGCUGCAGAAACAGGAAGUGGCAAAACAUUGGCCUUUGGGAUUCCUAUAAUUUCUCACAUUCUUGGUUCAAAAGAAAAAUAUAAAAAUUCCGGUGGAGAAAGAGUACAAAAUCCUUUAUCAUGUUUAGUUUUGACUCCAACAAGAGAACUAGCCAUUCAAGUGAAAAAGCAUUUGCAAGCAAUCUGCAAGUUCUGCGAUGUUACGGUUGCAGCAGUUGUUGGUGGCAUGGCACCCGAGAAACAAAAGCGUCUGUUGAAGAAGCAUCCAGAUAUAGUAGUUGCUACUCCUGGAAGGCUAUGGGAGUUGAUUGAAGAAGGUGAAGAUCAUGUAAAAAACGUGGCAAGUGUGAAAUACUUAGUAAUAGAUGAAGCAGAUCGAAUGUUAGAAAAGGGCCAUUUUGCUGAAUUAAUGCAGAUUUUAGGUUUGAUUAAUGGGAAUGCCUCAAACACUAGACGUCAAACUUUUGUCUUUUCUGCUACACUGACACUUGUACAUGAUAUUCCUGAACGAGUCGCCAUGAAAAAAAAUAAAGGGAAAAUGCAUCAAAAGAAAAAAAUUGAUUCAUUUAUCAAAGUUAUUGGCAUGAAAGAAAAUCAUAAAGUUAUUGAUGUGACAAAGAAAACGGGUGUUGCUGAAACUCUAACUGAAUCACAAAUAAUGUGCAGCAUUGAAGAAAAGGAUCUAUAUCUUUAUUAUUUUCUGAUAACGUAUCCCGGUCGAACUCUUGUGUUUUGCAACAGCAUUGAUUGCGUAAGAAGAUUGAGGAAUGUCCUCGAAGGGCUGAAUUGCAAACCUCUUCCUCUGCAUGCAUCGAUGCAUCAACGACAAAGGUUGAAGAAUCUUGAUAAAUUCAGCAGCAGCAAAAAUUCUGUUUUACUUGCAACUGACGUAGCAGCUAGAGGGUUGGACAUCAAGGGCAUUGAACAUGUUAUUCAUUUCCAAGUUCCUCGAACAGCUGAAACUUAUGUUCACCGAAGUGGACGAACAGCUCGAGCACAAAAUGAAGGGCUCAGCUUAAUGUUAAUAGACCCGCAAGAAUCCACACAUUAUCGUAGAAUCUGUAAAACACUUAAUAAAGACAAAUCUUUACCAACAUUCCCAAUUGACAACAACAAAUUAAGAAUUUUGAAGGAGAGAGUGAACUUGGCUCGUAAAAUAGAUAAAAUGGAGCACAGAGUAAAAAGACUAACUGCACAAAACAGGUGGUUUAUCAAUGCUGCUAAAGAAAUGGACGUAGAUAUUGAUGAUGAAAAUCUAUUAAAUGAUUUAGGUUCAGAACAAGAGCAUGCUGCAAAGAAUCGGGAAAUAAAUUCAUUAAAGAAACGGCUGAAGUCGAUGCUUAGUCAACCUGUCUGUAAUAAAUUGCUCACUGGAUGCUAUCCUACGAAAUCAGGAAAACUAAUGAGAGUGAUUACUGAAGAUCCUGAAAAAGCUGUCCAUGUUGCCAAGAAAAGACGAAAAAAAUGAAGGCAUUGCUGUAAAUUUGUAUAUAGUUUAAUAAACAGCAGAUUUUUAAAUAAUAAGAUAUAAA